CAUCCCAACAACAAGUAUUGUUAGGUAAUAGUGGUUGUUUAUAAUCACCUGUAUACGACAAUGGAGGAAUACGUAUUGAAUAUAAAGACUUCCAAUCGUUUCCUGACGGCUGGUACUUUAUGUGGGGUUCAUGUACGUAUCACGGGUCGCAAUGGAACAACAUCGGAUUGGACACAAGUAGACACGGCGGCUUCAUAUCUAAGAACGGUGAAACGGGGUUCCACUGUACAACAUGUGUUGCGUCAUGAUGGAGAAGAUCUCGGACCACCGAUCGUCGUCGGAUUAAAGCUUUCCACGAUGGCGAUCGACAUUUGGUAUUGUGACGAAAUAACAAUCGAAUACGAGAAUAAAAAUUACGAGUUUCCGGUUUACGAUUGGGUAGAGGCGGACGAGCUUUCUGUGACGUCAGGAGAAGGUAAACUGCCCCAAAACGAGACCAGUGACGUCAUCAAGAGAUUACGCAAGCACGAAGUGACGUCAAACAUUGGCAAGUUUCAAUGGUGCGUCCCAACCUCAAAUGACCUUAGUUGGGGAAUGCCUCGACAUAUAAACGCCGAAACUUUUGUGGAUCUGCCGCGAACUUUUAGCAGAAAUUACGACAAGCUUCGUAGCAUUGGAACCUCGGGGCUCACUGUGGCUUAUAACGCGACAGCUAAUUUAUUAAGAGGUCUGUUUUGGAAUCUAAACACACUGGACGACUACAGACGCCUCUACACACAUCUUGGAAACAGCGACCCUUGCUUUAUAGACGAUUGGACUCAAGACGAAGAAUUUGGACGUCAGGUUCUAACAGGGGUUUCCCCUCUUGUAGUGAAACGCUGCGUCACGUUACCUGAAUACUGCAACGUCACCGACAGUGAUGUCAUCAAGGAACUACCAACCGAUUGUAGUUUAGAUGAAGAAAUAAAGGGCGGCCGUAUAUUUAUUGUCGAUCUAACUUACACGAAAAACGUCGAACGGAAUGUUGAUUCAAAAACUGGCGAACCGUUCGUGUGUGCUGAUUGUCUUGCAUUGUUUCGUGUGAAUGACGCUGGAAAGUUUGUCCCAAUAGCGAUCCAACUUACCCCAGAUGAUCCGGAGUCUAUUUUCACUCCGUCUGAUAAAUAUUACGAUUGGUUGUUGGCUAAAAUUUACUUCCGGGCUACUUUACAAAGUUCCCACGAGUGGCAUUAUCAUUUCCUUAACACGCAUGGAGUUUCGGAAACUUUCAGCGUGGCAACACUGCGGUGCUUCCCACGUUGUCACCCCGUGUUUAAAUUGUUACAACCUCACCUCAAGACAGUCCCCAAUAUAAACACUGACGCUAGGGUGCUGGUUAUUCCACCCAAGUCUCUUGUGAACAAAUCAAACCACUUGAGUGGUUCGUCAUUCAUACGUGAAUGUUUCAAAACCUUCGAUAUUUCUCAACUUGAUAUCCCGAGUAUGAUUCGGAAAAACGGAACUGACGAUUGUGGGGAUCUACCUAAUUACCAUUACCGUGAUGACGCAAUCAAAAUCUGGAAUGUCAUACAAGAUUACGUGUCUGACGUCAUACGUUACUAUUACUGGUCAGAUAAAGACAUUGUCAACGAUUAUGAACUGCAGGGCUGGGCGCACGAUGUCGCUGUGGAGGGGUUCGGGUGGCAAGACGGGAACACUAGAGGCGCUCCAGAGAAUAUUGUUUCCGUCGAGCAGCUGGUGUGGUAUUGCACUCUCAUCAUAUUCACAAGCUCUGCGCAACAUUCAGCCGUCAAUUUUGGCCAGCGUGAGACUUACAAGUUUAUUCCUAACGCCCCUGGUUGCAUGGUGUUGCCUGUUCAUAAACGUGGCGAGGGAUCAUUGGAACGUAUAAUGAGCAGCCUUCCAGGGAUCAGGGUAUCUAGUCUGAUUAUUUCAUUCGCAUAUUCUCUUUCCGAAUUCACACAGAACGAGAUAUAUCUUGGAGAUUUCCCGGAACGUUUGUUUAGCGAAGAAGAAGUUUUAGAGUUUCAGUUUUUGUUUAAACGAAAAUUAGACAAACUGGCAACCGAGUUGAAAAGAAGAAACCAAGAUUUAAAAUAUCCAUAUAUUGAUCUUAUGCCAGGCCGUAUUCCUAUUAGUAUAUCGAUAUAAAAUAAAUCAACGCAAUUUUAAAGUUAAUUUGUAUGUGGUGGAUUAUUAACUUUAAAAAUGCGCAAAAACGUGCUGCGUCACCGUAAUUCGCUUGACUUGCGUAAGGUUAACCAUUUAUUACGUUACAAUAGCGAUAUGUUUUGUCACAGUAGUGACAUAUUACGCACGUUACAGCACGAGGAGCACGUUAUAUUCUUGAUUUUCGCACUGUUUUAUGCUAGGGAAAACCCCAAGCCCUAAUCCUUAACCCAACCCUAACCCCUACUUUUAACCCCUAAAUCCCCCAAAAAACUAACAAAUUACGUAAUCUGUAAUGUAGAAAUCAAAGGUGGUAAUACGCAUUCUAUGACGUAAUAAUCUAACCUUUGACGGCUCGUGUGGAAAAUACGAUGACGCAGCACGAUUUCGCGCAUUUUCAAAGUUAAUUUUCGAUACGAUCGCCCAAGUUUUUUCAAAAAUUAUACAGCGGGUAUCAGGAAGACGUAAGGAACAUUUUGAUACCAACAUUUUUACUGGUCACCAGCGGCAGUAUUACCCUGGUCACCAAGGACAAGAAUACCCUGUAAAGAGUUCUGUAAUAUAUACCGAAUCUAUGUAUUAUAUGUUCUCUCGAAUUUUGUAUAAAUAAAAUAUUUGUGAAUGU